GAUUUGCCGGCACAUUGUGAGAGAAGGAAUUGGCACUGCGCCGUCGCACCUGUGAGAAAGAAGUUGUAAAAUGAGCGCGGGUUUAAGCUUGGAGAAAACAUCAUCUUUCAAGGAGAAACUGAGAUCUGAACCCCAGUUCUUACUGGCCCAAAAUGUGGCAACAUGUAUCGAUCCACUUGAAGUGUGUCUGCAGAGGCAGACUGUGCAGGACACCAUACAUGUUUUCCAGCACACCAUCCCCGCCGAGGGUAAACCAGUUACCAACCAAAAGAACUCGGGAAGAUGCUGGAUAUUUUCCUGUCUGAAUGUAAUGCGACUUCCUUUUAUGAAAAAGUUUAACAUUGAAGAAUUUGAAUUCAGCCAGUCUUACCUGUUUUUCUGGGACAAGGUGGAACGCUGUUAUUAUUUCCUUAAUGCUUUUGUUGAAACUGUGCGUAUGAAUGAACCCAUUGAUGGAAGGCUUAUGCAGUUCCUACUGUCCAAUCCUUGCAAUGAUGGAGGGCAAUGGGACAUGCUGGUAAAUCUGAUUGAAAAAUAUGGUGUUAUACCGAAGAAAUGUUUCCCCGAAUCACAUACCGCAGAAGCUACUCGAAGAAUGAAUGACAUUCUCAACCACAAGAUGAGAGAAUAUUGCCUGCGUUUAAGAAACAUGGUUACAAGUUCCUGUACAAAGGAUGAAAUUGCCACAGCUUUGGACACUAUGAUAGAGGAGGUAUACAGAGUGGUCAGCAUAUGCUUGGGGAGCCCUCCUGAUGUUAUAACUUGGGAGUAUCGAGACAAGGAGAAAAACUUUUGCAAGAUUGGACCUAUAACACCCCAGGAUUUUUACAAGUGCCAUGUUAAACCUAUUUACAAUGUGGAAGAUAAGAUAUGCCUUGUAAAUGAUCCUAGACCACAGCACCAAUAUGGAAAAUUAUACACAGUGCAGUUCCUGGGGAAUAUGGUGGGAGGCCAGAGAACUUUGUACAAUAACCAGCCGGUUGACAUGUUAAAAAAGCUGGUUGCGCUGUCUAUUAAAGAUGGAGAGGCAGUGUGGUUCGGCUGUGAUGUUGGAAAACAUUUCCAUGGCAAGUUGGGCAUCAAUGACUUGAAUAUAUUUGACCACGAGCUGGUGUUUGGCUUGUCUGUAAAGAACCUGAACAAAGCAGAGCGGCUAAUAUAUGGAGAUUCACAAAUGACGCAUGCCAUGGCCCUUACAGCUGUCACAGAGAAGUUAGGUCAAGAUGGAGAAUAUGAGAAAUGGCGAGUGGAAAACUCAUGGGGAGAUGAUCGGGGAAAUAAAGGUUACCUAAUCAUGACAGAUGACUGGUUCAGUGAGUAUGUCUAUGAAAUAGUAGUUGAUAAGAAGCAUGUUCCUGAAGAUGUUCUGGAGGUGCUGAAGCAGGACCCUAUUGUCCUGCCUGCCUGGGAUCCUAUGGGGGCUUUAGCAUAUUGACCAAGUCUCUGCAUUUGUUCCUGAUUUGCUCACUCCACCUUCAAGGCUAUCAUUGUAUUACCCUCUUCCUGAACUGGUGUAGUCCUGGGGAAAAUCCACCUGAAAGAAAAGCUUCAUAUUUUCAUGUGUGAGAAAGAAGAGCUUGCCCUUCAAUGCAUACUUUUAAUUCCACCUUGAAGCCACCUCUCAGGAAGAGUGUUUCUUCAUCUGGAUCAUAGUCAUUUACAGAGAAAAUUUCUCUAGUGCUUCAACCUUCAUGAGCAUAUUUUUACAAAAAUUUUUUACAAUCUUUGUUUUUUCUGUCUAAAGCUACAAAUUUUAUGAUCAUCCAUGUACUGUAAACUGCUUUUACUUAAGGUAUUGAGAAAACUCUUAGACCAUAAAUAAUAUGGCAAAGACACCUGAUAACCAAUAUAAAUAAAUUGGUUUCAUUUUGGUUUUAAUGCUGGAAUCAAGUGAAAUCACCUUCUCAAUUGCCAAACCUGCUGAGGCUUAUAUUAUUGGGAGUAAAAGGUGUUGGGUUUUUUUUUAACUUUAUAGUUAAACAGGGAUGCCUAAGUACAAAUCUAUAUGCUUGAAACAUUUUACUUUACUUAGUUUUUUUAAGUAUAGUAUGGGAAGUGAGAUUAUUUGAUAAGAAAAUGUACCCAAUUCCUUUUUUAUUAUCCAUAUAUUUUACAAGAAAUAGACAUAGCAUUAAGCAUUUUGAUUUGAGGUUUCCUUAUGCCUGCCUCAUGGAAGAGGAAAAUCACCAUAAACUAAAGCAAUGGCUCAAUUUUAAUUUGCGGAAUCUUCCAGAUUCCAGAUACUUGAUCAGAACGCAGUAAUGCCUUUAGUUACUAAUGGCACCUAUAAAAAUAUAAAUAUGCAGUAAUCAUGUGGUAGAGCUCAUAUACCCAAUGAGGUUUGAACAAAUAUUUCGGCAGAGGCAUGAUUCAUAUGAACAGUUCUGAGGUUAUUUGCCUAGGGACAUGUUUACUAACAUUGGAAAUAAAUAUCUGGAGAGAUUUCUGGAGAUGUUACCCAUAGUAACCAAUCGGAUCUUUGCUUUUGUUUUCUAUCUUAAAGAUGGCUGUUUAAAUCUAAUUGCUGAUUGGUUGCCAUGGGCAACAUCUCCAGAAAUCUCUCAAGAUAUUUAUCUCCAACGUUAGUAAACAUACCCCCUAGUCUCUUUAAAAUCUGAGAAAAAGGGUUGUGCCCCUAGACCCAACGAUGAAUUCUAUGCUUAUUGGUUUUUGAAGCCCAUAUUUUGUAUGUUUCAUUUUACUUUCCCAUUCUUUACUUCUGAGUUGUCCCUGGUACUACACUUCAAGAUUCAUGGACCUCUAGAGUAUGAUGGCCCUUCAUGUGAAUAUAUGCUAAGGGUUUUCCAAGUCUAUUUUGUAUAUGUUUUGUUUUACUGUUCCAUUCUUUAAAUCUGGGUUGACCCUGGUAAUAGACUUACAAGGUUCAUGGACCAGCAACUUCCAAACUCUUAGAGUAUGAUGGCCACUCAUAUGAAUAAAUGCUCUGGGUUUUCUAUCUUGUAUAUGUUUCGUUUGACUGUUCCAUUCUUUAUAUAUGGGUUGACUCUGGCAAAGGUUCAUGGACCAGCAAAUUCCAUCCUCAAGAGUUUGAUGGCCUUUAUGGAACCUGGAUAUGUCGUUUGGCUCAAUUGAUCAUAAUGUUUAGAGUCAGCCUUGGAAGAUUUUCUAAUUUUUAUAUCGACUACUUCUUGUUUCUUAAAUAAGUUGUUUGUUAAUGGUUUCAUUUCUCUGAGCAGAGAUGUUAAACUCUUGGAGAUGAAUCCCAUGUGUAUUACCAUCACUGAUUCCAUUCCAUCAUGUCACACCAUCACUAAAACUGUGUGCAAAUGACCAAACAUGCUGACAUUUGGAAUCAAGGAUCAAAAUCAGUAGUAUGUUCUGCUUCCAGAUCUCCCCAAUGCUGGAUAGUACCUUUAACUAUGUAGUUUCAAAGACAAUGAACACGUUUACUUCAGAAAGGUAAAUGAGCUCAUCCAUUUGCCUUUUUAUGUUUCCAUACGUCCAUGCUGGUUUCUUGUAUUAAUAUUUCUUUGACUUGAUGGUGCUUUGAGAUUUUUAAUAAUAAAAAAAACAACAUACAUAAA